CCCCUCCCAUUGCAAGACAGUAUGGCCCUAGUUACAUCGUUGGAGGGACAGCCACAACUGAGAGAGGUCUCAGGGAUCCCCCUGCAGGCUAGCACUGUGGACAACUGGAGCCAGAUCCAGAACUUUGAGGCCAAGCCGGAUGAUCUCCUCAUCUGUACCUACCCUAAAUCAGGGACCACAUGGAUUCAGGAGAUUGUGGACAUGAUUGAGCAGAAUGGAGAUGUAGAGAAAUGUCAGAGAGCCAUCAUUCAACACCGCCAUCCUUUCAUUGAAUGGGCUCGGCCACCCCAGCCCUCUGGGGUGGAAAAAGCCAAAGUAAUGCCCUCUCCACGGAUACUAAGGACUCACCUUCCAACUCAGCUGUUGCCUCUUUCUUUCUGGAAAAACAACUGCAAGUUCCUUUAUGUAGCUCGAAAUGCCAAAGACUGCAUGGUUUCCUACUACCAUUUCCAAAGGAUGAAUAAAAUUCUUCCUGAUCCUGGUACCUGGGAAGAGUAUUUCGAAACCUUCAUCAGUGGAAAAGUGGCUUGGGGUUCCUGGUAUGACCAUGUGAAGGGAUGGUGGGACAUAAAAGACAGAUACCAGGUUCUCUUCCUCUUCUAUGAGGACAUAAAACGGGACCCAAAGCAUGAAAUUCAGAAAGUGAUGCAGUUCAUGGGAAAGAACUUGGAUGAAACAGUGCUAGAUAAAAUUGUCCAGGAGACAUCAUUUGAGAAAAUGAAAGAAAAUCCCAUGACAAAUCGUUCCACAGUUCCUAAAUCUAUUCUGGACCAGUCCAUUUCCCCCUUCAUGAGAAAAGGAACUGUGGGGGAUUGGAAAAACCACUUCACCGUGGCUCAGAAUGAGAGAUUUGAUGAAAUCUAUAGGCAAAAGAUGGAAGGAACAUCAAUAAAUUUCUUCACAGAACUCUGAGCAAGAUGUACAUAGGAAGUGGAUGACAAGAAUGAGGAAGCCAUCUUCAGCCCUUCAGC